CUUUCUUCUUCUUCCUUCAGAUCCGAUCUCUCUUUCUCUCUCUAUAACCUCAUACCUCUCUAGAGAGAGAAAGUCUUAGCUUCCUCUUUCUCUUUCCAUUUUUUUUUGGCCAUGGUGGAGGCUCAGACAUGGACCACUCGUCGUAUGAGCAACCCUCGCCUGGACUCCUCCACGGCCGCCGCCGACCAGGUCGUCGACAUUCCAAUGACGCCACCUAGCGACGUUCGGAACAGUGCCGCCGGUUUCCCCAUCGGAUCAUACCUAUCGCCCAAUUUAUUGACGAUGGUAAUUAUACUCUCAUGGUACUUAUCCAACAUUGGUGUUCUUCUUCUCAACAAAUACCUUCUAAGCUUCUAUGGCUAUCGGUACCCGAUCUUCCUUACAAUGCUUCACAUGCUGGCUUGUGCGGCUUAUAGUUAUAUUGCGAUUAAUUUUCUUGAGAUUGUUCCGUUGCAACACAUUCUUUCUCGUAAACAGUUUUUUAAAAUCUUUGCUCUUAGCGCCAUUUUCUGUUUCUCCGUUGUUUGUGGAAAUACAUCUCUUCGUUACCUUCCCGUUUCGUUUAACCAAGCUAUUGGUGCUACCACCCCGUUUUUCACUGCCAUUUUUGCUUUUUUGAUUACUUGUAAGAAGGAGUCUGCUGAGGUUUAUCUUGCGCUUUUGCCUGUGGUUUUUGGGAUUGUUUUGGCUAGUAAUAGUGAGCCAUUGUUUCAUUUCUUUGGGUUUUUGGUUUGUGUUGGCUCUACUGCUGGGCGGGCAUUGAAAUCUGUGGUUCAAGGGAUUUUGUUAACCUCAGAAGCUGAAAAACUUCACUCUAUGAAUUUGUUGUUGUACAUGGCUCCAAUGGCUGCUAUGAUUUUGCUUCCUUUUAGUCUUUAUAUUGAAGGGAAUGUAGCUGCAAUUACUGUCGAAAAAGCUCGAGGGAAUUCGUUUAUUGUGUUCUUGUUGCUUGGCAAUGCUACGGUGGCUUAUUUGGUGAAUUUGACCAAUUUCUUGGUCACCAAGCACACAAGUGCCCUCACAUUGCAGGUUCUUGGGAAUGCAAAGGCUGCCGUAGCGGCUGUUGUUUCUGUUUUGAUCUUCAGGAACCCUGUUACGGUGAUGGGUAUGGCUGGAUUUGCUGUGACUAUCAUGGGUGUAGUGCUUUACAGUGAGGCCAAGAAGAGGUCCAAAGUGACAACCCAUUGAAGAUAAAGAUAUGAAUUGGAUUAACUUUAUAUGCCCAUUGAUCUGGUCUGAGCACUAUGGAAAUAAGGGUGCGUCCAUUUUUCUUUGAUUUAUUGCUUUUUUGGCUAAAUCUUUUCAAGUAGAGAAUGGAAUGUAUAGGAUUCAUGGAGAAUAGGGAAGUUUAUUGAUCUCUUCUUUUCUUCUUUGAAUUCUUCUCGAUUGGAGUGGCCACUACUAAGAGUGAAUUCCCUCUCCUUUUGGGGCCCUCUUGUAGCUUGUAUACUUCUGCUGCAUAUUGAGAAACACGAAGAUGAUUCAAAUAUAUAAAUGUUCAAUUUGAUUCUGUGGGGAGGGAAGUAAUUUCUUCUCCCCACCUCCAUUUUGUUGAAAA